CAGGCCGCCAAGGUCAAUCGAUGUUGAUGAUGAACGUCUGCAGCUAGAUACCGCCUCUGAUAUUACUGUUUAUAUCAGAGAAACUUUUGAAUAAUAUCGGCAGACCACCGAUCGCAAAUAAUUCUCAGACUGCUGUCAGCGCCUGUGGUGGGCAGCUCAAACUAAUUGGUGAACUCAAAUAUUCUGUUUCCUUCCGCAAUACCAAAUUCAAAGGAAUUUGCUACGUCACCAAGAGUGAUUUAAAUCUUUUGGGACUUGAUUGGUUCGAUCGUUUGCAUCUGGCUGAUAUCCCACUAAAUUCGCUAUGCAAUGCAGUCAAGAAGCAUAAAAUGUCAGACAAUUCCGGACGAAGCCGAAGCCGCAAACCCAACAGGCAGACGAAGCGACAGACGUCAACAACAAGCUUAAAGGUUCCAGAUAAUCCCCCAGGAAAACGUCCUACUAGUCAUCAAUCUUCUCAAAAGGGGAGGUGAUAUGUAUCCAUAUAUAUAGAGUUAACGGCACUUGAAAGUACCUCCAAAGUUUAUAACUUAACGGCACUUCUUAAAAAACGAAUGCAGUCGGCGAGGGAAAUCCCCCACUUACUUCACGACAAAGUAAUCUACAAUGAGCCUGCCACUAUCUGUGAACUUUUCAGUGAUUGGUUUGCAAACUUUAGUUUAGAAACACAUAUGCCUGGUGAAACCGCCCCCGUUACUAGCUCUUCCCUUGAAAGCAUUGUGUUCAGUAAUCAGUUAAUAGUACAAGCAAUUAAAAGCCUUAAACCUUCCACUAGUACGGGACCGGAUGGCCUCGCUUCGAUAAUUUUCAAAAACAGUGGGUGUGAUAUACCAUUGUUACUUCUUAAAUUCUUCUCAAUAUCUAUGGAUACUGGCACUUACCCUGGUGAGUGGAAAACUAGCUUCAUAAUUCCACAUAACAAAUCUGGUGAUAGGGCAAACGUCCGCAAUUACAGACCAAUAAAUAUAACCCCAGUUAUCUCACGAAUCAUGGAGAAAGUUGUAAAAGAUCAAUUGUCAGACUACCUAAUUAGGGAAGAUCUUGUUACAAGGUCUCAACACGGAUUUCUCAAAAAUAGAUCCUGCGUUACUUGCCACUUCGACUUUUUCAACUGCAUCACUAGUAGUCGCGAAGCACGUGAGCUAGUCCUUGUUCUCUACUUUGAUAUAUCUAGGGCAUUUGACAUGGUAUCUCACAGUAUUCUGUUUGAGAAGCUGUACUCUUGUGGAAUUCGCAACCCAUUACUGAACUGGUUAAAAUCAUUUCUAAGCAACAGGGUACAAAUAACCAGAGUUGGAUCUGUACUGUCUCAUCCUAGGCAGAUCUCAAGUGGGGUCGUGCAAGGUAGUGUCCUAGGUCCACUUUUAUUCACAGUUUACAUUAACAGCAUUUGCAAGUGCUUCACCUUAGGCAAACCAUUCCUAUAUGCUGAUGACCUCAAAGUCGUCUACUCCUGCUACACUCAUGAAUUAAGCGAUAUGGUUGCUAAAAUACAUCUUGAACUAAGUUGUCUUGCAUCAUGGUGUGCUGAUUCCUGUCUAAAUUUUAACAUUGAAAAAUGCGGCUGGAUUUGUAUUGGCAACAGUAACCUUGAUCUAACUCUCGAAAUAAAUGGGCGAAAACUAGCUAAGCUCAACUCAGUCGUAGAUCUCGGUAUUAGAUACUCUAGUAACUUGUCUUCUUUUUUCUCUCACCAUUUCAGCUUCCAUUUGACUUUUUGAAUGAGAAUGAAUAAUGUGUAUAUUUGACCAUUUACAAUGACAAAUAGUCUGCAAACAUUAUUGGUCCCGUAUCUUUCAGUUGCCUGGUUAAUAACGAAUUAACUUUCUCCACGACGCAACCUGGAUUACAUUUGUGGAUUACAUUUGUGGAAUAUACUCUUAUACCAAUGGAAAAGUAUCAAUUUGUAAUACAACUUCACGAUUGUAGCUUAUAACAUAACUGAUCGUAUCUGUAAAAAUAGCUUCCUUAUUACCCAAUUUGGAUAUAAAUCAAAUCAAAAAUGAGAUUCGGAUUUGUACACACCCAAGUUAUAUUGAGGAAUUGCUUCAAGCUUUAUUUUUUCCCAAGUAUUUUUAAUCCAUCCAAAACUUACUUGGGUUUUUUUGUUAAUGCGAAGACAAUAUUCCUAUAUUUCAUGAUGUGCUCCAUUGAAUGACUUGUUAUAUUGUGGAAUUACUUCAAGCUUUAUUUUUUCCCAAGUAUUUUUAAUCCAUCCAAAACUUACUUGGGUUUUUUUGUUAAUGCGAAGUCAAUAUUCCUAUAUUUCAUGAUG